AUGUCCGAACAAUCGUCAUUUACUGCGGAAAUUACUGCGACAAGGCUAUCAACUGAGCAACAAUUAAUUCAACAACUCAAGUUGAAUCAUGGUUUAUUCUUGGACGGAAAUAUCAUACGACCAAGUAACGAAGCUAUUUUUUCCAAUGAUGGCGAGUUGGACAUAAGCUUAUAUGAAGGGGAACCUAUCGUUUACACUAUUAUAAACGAUCCAAAUUCUCCUGAAAAUUUGUUCACACUCAACAAUAAUAUUCGUGUUAAUAUAAGUGAACCUUCAAACUUACAAUUUUCCGAUGCUUGUAUUAAUUUUCCGAUUGCUGAGUUCGUAUAUAAAGGUGAUUUUUUAGAAAAGUUUUCGAAAUGCAAGGAUAAAAACGAUGAAAGAUUGUAUGGCCAUUUCUUCGCAAGAAAUAUUGUGAUUGGUGGCAAAUUAUUUAUUAAAAAUUCAAAUUUAGCUAGUACAAAACAAAAGGGUACCUUACAAACACAUUUAACUGGAAUUUAUAAUUUUGUUAAAUAUAAUAAAGAAAAUCCAUUCAGUAAUGUCGAUUGGUAUCGUUUACCAAAAGUAGAAACUUUAAAUGGGCAAGUGAUAACAUCCAAGAAAAUGUUAACCGAUUGGAUGAAUAAUCUAUAUCAAAUGAAUAUGUUUGACAUAAUUUCAUAUAACGAUAUCAUUCCCGUCUUUCAGUUAAAACCUGAUAUAUUAUCGAUAGAUGACUUAGAUGACUUCAAAUUUUCCAAUGAGAUACAGCCUGGGAUUGUUAGUUUUGGGGAAAAAUUAAGUUUUAGUAAAUGGACAGAGCACGCCAAUCUAUAUUUUCACUUUCAGGGUUUAACAUUCAAUAAGGUUUAUAAGAAUUAUGAGGUGGAAGUUAGCAAGAAGAAUGCCUUUAAGUUCAAUGAUAUACCUGUAAUAAAUUCCAUUAAAAAAUCAUACUUGAAAUCUAUAAAGCCGGCAACUGAUUUAGAAGAAUUUUUCAUAUCUAAUAAUAUCACUUCAGUUAAAGAUACAAGUUCAUUUCCUUUUAUUGAAAAAUAUAUUAAUUUUGAUAACAAGGAUCAUAUACAUUUGGUAGUCAAAUGUGAGCAAUAUGAAAUUCUCAUAGAUCGAGUUCAUAUCAUGUGCACUAAUGAAUUUGAAAAUUCUAUAGAUAUAGCACUUAAUAGUAAAGAGCCAUAUAAAGCUUUACAAGAUACUUUUGAUGAAUUUGGGCAUAUAUUCCCACAGAGAAUUGUCUUGGGGAGAUCGCUUCAUAGAAAUUUACAUAAUAUGUCAUCUAAUACUUUUGAGAAGACUAAUCUGGAUUCUUUAAAUCAUGAUCAUUUGAAGUCACAUUUAGAUCAUUUAAACGUUUCAUAUCUUUUAACGCAAGGUGGAGAUAUUAUCGAUAUUGAUAAUGACGUUGAAUUAUCUAAUUGGGUUCGAGAUACAAAUUCCGAUUUAGAAAUUAUUGAAUAUGAUCAAAUAAUUUCCACAUAUGAUAUCCUUCGAGCUAGAUUAAACCCGUGUAUAAAAAUAGAUGAAUUAUUAAAUAUGCAAAAUGAUCUUAAAAUUAUAAUGACAGGGAUUACUUAUUUGAAAGAUUUAGAUAAUCAUAAUACUGAACAUUAUAAAUAUAUUAAUGUCGAGCCAUCACUGAAAGAUAGUAGUUAUGAAGUUUUUGGUUCAAUUAUUUUAGAAAAUAGGAAGCUAGACGAAGGUUGUAUUAAUUUUGGAAUGUAUGACCGUAAUGGAUUCACUGCAAUUAUAAAAACUUCAAAGUUUACUAAUAUUAGUAUAACGGAAUGUCAUAUUUUAUGGUUUAUUAUUGGGAUUCCUUCGAAAUUAUCGGUUUUUAGUCCAAAUAAUCGAGCAUUUGUUGUUGAUCUUAUUAAAGCUCCAAUUAUAUUAAAAUCAGAUAGUUCUGAUUAUGAUUACAGGAUCAAUACUGAAUUUGCAUUGCAUGAAAAAGAUUACAUUUUUAUUAAUUCGGAUUAUUCAACAGAAAACUUUGGUUCUAAUAAUAUUAAGAUAACUGGUUGGGAAAGUAACGCUUUUAACGUUCAGAUAAUUAAUUCCACUAAUGAUGAAUCAAAACUUGAUAUAAAUGUAUGUAUUUUAAGUUCAGGUUUAUUAAAGAUCGAUAAUAGUGGAGAGGAAUAUUCUAUAGAUUCAAUUGGGGUGAUUGGAAUCGGGUUUUGCACAAAAUCAGCUAGCCUAAAUAAAAUGCCAGGUUGGGAAGAUAGCUCAUGGGGUUAUCAUGGUGAUGAUGGAAACACGUAUUUUAACUCUGAUAACGAACCAUAUGGAACAGGUUUUAUGACCGGAGAUACUAUUGGAUGUUGCUUAAACUUUAGAAAUAAUACGGUAUUUUAUACAAGAAACGGAGUGAAUCUAGGUAUUGCAUUUCGAGAUUUGAAAAAAGCUUUGUAUCCUUGCGUUGGAAUGAUGUCGACAGGUGGUUCUGUAGGAGCAAAUUUUGGCUAUAGAAAGCAGAGUAAUACAACAGUUGAUGAAUUAACAAACAAUCCAUCACAUGAAGAUUUAUCUCAAGUGAUUAUUUAUACGAGUUCAAUUUCACAAACAUUAUCUUCAGUUAUCCCUUUCACACAAUUCAUGCCGCUUGUUAAAGAAGUAACUGAUGUUCUUAAUGGGGUUAUAGAUUUAUAUAAGACAGCUCAACAUAAUAAAAAUAUAACCAAAGUCUUGAUGGAACGAAUUAUUGCAGCAAACUUCUCAGUUGAAAUGAUAAAAGCAAGAGAAGAUUUAUUUACUUUAAAUAAUUAUACAAGUUUACAAAGAUUAAUUCAAGUUCUUAAAAAAAUGAUAAAAUUUAUUGAAGAAAUUACACAAUAUAAUACUGUGCAAAAAUUUUUGAGUGCUAAAUCAAUCGAAAAACAAUUUAAAGCAUUAUGUAAGGAUUAUGAUAGUAGCAUUAACUUAUUAAAUUUUAUCUUAACGGUUUACUUUAGGAUUAAUUCAGAUAAAGAAGAUAAAAUUUUAAAGGAAGACAUUGAGGAACUUCUAAAGUUUCAAGAAGCUUUAGCGGAAAGUAUGGACAAAGUGGAUAAGAAAAGAAUUCAUGUGAACGAAAAAAUGUCUGGAGCAAGUGACAAAGUGAACUUGGUUAUUGAGAAAGUCAGUGAAAUGCAAAUCAUUAUGCAAAAUUUGAUGAAUGACAAUAACCCAAAUAAUGAACAACGAAAUCAAAUCAGAAUUGAUACUAUCUUUAAUGAACCCCUACUUCCAUUCGGAGAUUAUGAAGAAGCAGAUGAGCCACCUCGAAGUGAUAGACUAAGAAAAUAUGUCCAUGUAAAAACUAAAGAAGAUUUUGCUUUUGAACGUGUGGAUAAAGGAAAUUAUAAUACAGUUAAAAACCAAGUCACAAUUCUAAAAAAGUUAAAAGAUUGUCAAAAUAUUAUUCAUUUCUAUGGCGUUACUAAAGAUGAUAAAGAUGAUUUUCAUUUAGUAACCGAAUGGGCAGAAAAUAAGUGUUUACGUGAAUAUAUUUCCUUAAAUGGGCAAAAUAUCGAGAUAAAAUUGAGAAUUAAAUUUGCUUAUGAAAUCGCUAAAGGAUUAAAUUUCCUUAAUUCUGUCAAGAUCGUUCACCAAGAUAUUAGAUCAAAAAAUAUCGUAAUUACAUAUUAUGAAGUUGCAAAGAUUACAAAUUUUAAAUAUAGUGGAGAUCAAAUCGCAGUUACUAGUAACCUAUCAGCAAAUAAAGAAAGUCUUGUAUAUGCUGCUCCUGAAAUGUUUAAAAGAAUUACAGAGGUAGCAGAAAAAAACAAGAAUAAUAAACGAAUUGCAGGAAAGGAUACAAAAAAAAAAUAUGAUACCAAAUGUGAAGUUUACAGUUUUGGUAUUCUUCUUUGGGAAAUUGCUGAAUGUAGAGUUCCGUAUGAGGGUAUUAGUGACUUUUUAGAAAUUACCAGACUAGUAAUAAGUGGACAUCGAGAACCCUUUACACCUGGUAUCGAUAUCCCAGAAAAAUAUAAAUCUCUCGUAAAUAAAGCUGUCGACCAAAAUCCAGGUCUGCGGCCUGUAUAUGCAAAAAUGUUGACGGAUCUUCAAGAUAUCUUUAAUAAUUAUACUAAACCUACUUUGAAUAACGGUAGCGGUAGAUUUCCUCCAAAUACUCCCGUCCGAAAAAUGACUAGCAGCACGACAGAAGAAGAUUGUGUUAUUGAUUACUAUAGUAUUGAUUUGAUGAGUCUUGACAGAGCAAUUGAAGGACACAAAAAAGACAGUACAGAUAAACUUACAUUAUAUAAGUGUUUCGAUACUUAUGCUAAAAUAGGUAAUCCAGGUGCAAAAUAUUGGAAAGCUUAUUAUAUCUUAAAAGAUUAUUCUGAUCUUGAUUGUUCUAAAAGUGAAAAAUAUAAAAUUGCUGCUGAACUUUACAAAGAAGCUGCAGAUUAUGGGGAUGAAUAUCCUGACGCGCAACUUCGUUAUGCGACAUUGGUUUUGCAUGGAAAAGGGGUUGAAUCAAAUACGGAAGAGGCCGUGAACUAUUUUGUUAAAGCAGCUAAAAAUGGUCACGUGGUGGCUAUGUUUAAUAUUUCUACUUAUUAUUUUUCCCAAGGUAAUGUAGAAUUAGGCAGAUAUUACAUGAUGGAUGCUGCUAAUGUUACUCCCUCAGAUGCUAAUUUACCUUCUACAUCGCCUACCUGCACAUAG